CGCGCGCAUCAGUCUCAAUUCAUUUCUUCGUUCCUUAAACCCUUCCAAGUUCCAAGGCAAAACCUCUCUUCCUGUCACCAUCUUGAUUCUUGUUCUUGCUUUUCAUGAUCGGAGAUCGCACCAGAGGUUUUCAGAUUUGGGACUAGAAAUGAAUUUCAGAAGCUUUCGCGCAGUCCAAACUUUGCAUCGCACGGCGCAAAAUCGAGCAUUUACUUCCUGGCUUGCAAAUUCAACAAUCUAUUCGUGUGGUAUUACAAAUGGUAGUCAAUUGGGUAUUCAGAAAACUUCUUCUUUCCUCAGUAACAGUCAAACUGCGUUUCCACUACCUCGAGGACAUAAAAUAAGUUCUGCAGUGGCUGCUGAGUUAUCAAUCUUCUCACAUGGCAUUAGGUCGGUGACGACACAAGCAAAGGCCCCUCCACAAGUACGGCAAAUGGGAGCCCUUAAAGUAUCCAUGUUGAGUCCUGGAUUCAUAUAUGAACCUUAUUCACCUCGUCAACCUAUUCCAUUUUGGCAAAGAUGGUUCACAAGAAGUGGUUGGAGAAGAACAAAAGAUGAUAUCAUUUUAGAGCUAAAAAGUGCUUAUGCAAUUGCAAAAUUAAGAAAGAAGGGGUACUCAAAGCAAAAAUUUUACGUAGAGGCAGUAAAUUUAUAUAAAGAGAUAAACACUUUGAUAGCAAAUGGUGACAAAACAUCGUUGAGAAAAGCAGUCACAGAGAAUAUGUAUUCAGCGUUAAAGAAUGAAAUCAAACUUAGGGAAUCCAAAUGGAAGAAAGUUUACUGGGAAAUGAUUGUACCAGUUGUUAAGAUCCGCACAUUACGAGCUAGAAUGAUUGGUGUUGAUCGAAAUGACCUCGAAAAGGUUUUCAUGCAGCUUACACUCGAGAUUCUAGCGAAGCAGAAGUUUGAAGCAUAUAAUUCUGAAGGCGCAGUUGUUGCGGGAGAUAAAUCUAAGGAGGUCCUUGUUCGCGAUAUAUGGGUUUUUGAGAAAUCUCUUUUUCAUGAAGGAGCUUAUUGGCGUCUCUGUGGGCGAAUUCCAAUUUAAUGUCAUCCUUCUACCACACAUCAAGUAGCUUCUUUAUCCAUUUUUGUAGAUCAACAGGUUUCUGUGUCUUUUAAUAAUUUUGUUACUAUUUUAUCAUAUACAAUUGUGUGGUUUACUUGACUUCGCCUAAAUUAUAAUGUUAAUAGGAGAGAUGUUCAUAGAAACUUUCCUUUAUAUGAUAUUUAGCAUCUUGUUCCUUGCUAGGGACAAGUUCCCCAAUGAUUAUAUGAAUAAUUCUUUUCCCUGUCCCUAUUUUUUUUAGUUUGAGUUCAAUAAUGAUUGAACAAUGGACUUUUUGGGAUGGUAA